CGGGCCUAUUCCCAAAUCACACUCGCAGAUUUGCAGCUCCAGAGAACUCAUCCACAAUGAAGACUGCUGUCGUUGCUCUGGCUUUGAUGCUUGUGGCCAUCGCCCAAGCCUUUCCCUUGGAGGACGAGCACCAAACCCAAGACUCUUGGUUCGCAGUUGAUGCCCCAGUAGAGAAUGGAGAGAUCUUGUUGAGAGAAGCAAGAGCCGCUGAUCCCCAACGAUAUGGAGGCUAUGGUGGAUACGGAGGAUAUGGUGGAUAUGGACACCACCAUCAUCAUCAUGGACACCACCACGGACACCAUCAUGGCCACCACCAUGGACACCAUCACGGGCACCAUGGCCAUUACCACGGCUAAUUUAUCAUCAAACUGACCAAUCUUUUAGUCAAUGUACCUAAUUUUGUAAAUAAACAAUUUAUUAUAAAAUUAAUCAAGGAUCCAUUAAAUUAAAUUAAAUU